AUGUCCGACUACAGCGACGAAGAGUACUACGACGAGGACGAGGACAUGCUCGAGGACGGCACGGCUGACACAGACCCAGAAGACGACAUGGACCUGGACGGGCUGGGCGGGAGCAUGCUGAUCGAGAGCUCAAAGGGCAAGAAGAAGUCGUACGAAGUCGACUACACCGAUCUGGGGCCGGAGGAGCUCGAGCGGCUCAUGCAGGCCGAUAUCGCGAAGGUCGCGGAUAUCUGUCAGGUCUCCAACGACGCGGCGGCGCUCCUGCUGCGCCACAUGUCCUGGAAGACUGAGCCCACGAUCGAAGCCUACAUCGACAACCCCACCAAACUCUCCUCCGCUGCCGGCCUCACACCCCUCAAAAUAUCCCCCGUCAAACCCCCGUCAAUCCGCGGCAUCAAGCACCCGCCCCCGCCCUCCUCGCCCGGCGACCUCUGCCAGAUCUGCUUCGACGACACCGCGCCCUCAACGCUCGCCCUGGUCUGCGGCCACGCGUUCUGCAGCGGGUGCUGGAACGCGUACGCGACGUCCAAGAUCCGCGAGGAGGGCGAGCACAGGAUUGCGUGUAUGGCCGAGGGCUGCGCGGUCGUUGCGCCGGACUCCUUCGUUCUCUCCGUCCUCUCCUCUCCUUCGGACGCGCGCACGGCUAGUCGUUAUAAAGAGCUGAUAAUCCGGGACUACGUCGACGCCGCGCGCGCGCUCAAAUUCUGCCCCUACCCCGAAUGCACCCACGCCAUCCGCUGCCCCGCCGCCUCCACCAAGUCCUCCCUAUCCACCAUCGUCCCCGCCGUAACAUGCGCCGCCUCGCCCUCGCACCAAUUUUGCUUCGGAAUCGGAUGUAAUAUCGAGAGCGAUCACCGGCCGCUGCUGUGCGCGGUGGCGAAGCUGUGGCUGCAGAAGUGCCGGGACGACAGCGAGACGGCGAACUGGAUCAAGAGCAAUACGAAGGAGUGCGCGAAGUGCCAGAGCACGAUCGAGAAGAACGGGGGAUGCAAUCAUAUGACGUGCAAGAAAUGCAAACACGAGUUCUGCUGGGUCUGCAUGGGCUCCUGGCAAGAGCACGGCACGGCAUGGUACUCCUGCAACCGCUUCGACGAGAAAUCAGGCCUCGAGGCGCGCGACGCGCAGUCCCGUUCCCGAGCUUCUCUCGAGCGCUACCUGCACUACUACAACCGCUGGGCGAACCACGAGCAGAGCGCGAAAUUGUCGGUCGAGCUGUACGCGAAGACGGAGAAGAAGAUGGAGGAGGUGCAGGCGAACACGCAGCUGACGUGGAUCGAGGUGCAGUUCUUGAAGAAGGCUGUCGACGAUGUCGUCCGGUGUCGUGCAACGCUCAAAUGGACGUACGCGAUGGCGUACUACCUCUCCAAGGGCAACGAGAAGGAGAUGUUCGAGGACAACCAGCGCGAUCUCGAGCGCGCCGUCGAAGACUUAUCCGAGUUGUUGGAGCUGCCGCUCGAGCCGGAUUCGGACGGGAUGCGCGAGCUGAGGCAGAGGGUCACGGAUAAGGCUGUUUAUGUGGCGCGCAGGAACGAGAUUGUGUUGGAGGAUACGGCGAGGGGGUUUGGGGAGGGACGGUGGAGGUGGAAUGUGCGGGUUGAGGGGCUGGAGGAGAUGUUUGGGGAGGCGGCGUAUUAG